CAAAAAAAAUAGUUUGUUUUCAAUUUUUAAUUUUUUUGUUUGCCUAAAAAUAUUUAUAAAAUGACAAAAACACACAUUAACACACUUUAUUUUCUAAAAACGGAGUAGUCCGGGUAUAGAAAGACAUGUACAAAUUCUACAGGUCAUACAUGUAUAGCUCACACAUCCUAGGUGAACCGGGGAUAAUGGAUUCAGUAGACGACCUGUGCCUGUCGAGAAUAUUGGGACUCCUAGAGCUGCCUGACCAGAUUGCUAUGCUGCAGAGCUACAAGCGCUGUCGGCCACUCCUCGGUAGCAUAUGGCGCCACCAGCUUACCAAGAUCUCACUGAACCUUCUUGAGGUGGCCCUGCACGGUGAUGACUUCAAACUCCUCUUAGCGAGCACCUGCAACCGACUGCUCGAAUUAAGGUUUAGCUACUUGGGGAGGGAUCACUUCGAAGCGCUGAUCGUUCACCAUUUUCCCAAGCUGUGGCUACUGCAAGUGGACGUUCUACCUCCAUUUUUCCUGUGCCCCAGGCAAAGAAUUCAGUUGAGUCGGAUUUUUCCAAAAUCCUGUCACCUAGACUUCUCUUCCAGAAUGGCCUCUAUGCUAUGUUGCCAAAAUAUUAUUACAGUAAAUUUUGAUCACUUCCAAAUACUUCGUGCCAUUGGCAAAGGAAGUUUCGGAAAGGUUUGCAUUGUUCAAAAGCGGGAUAGCGGAAUUCUUUACGCCAUGAAAUAUGUGAGCCGCUCUGCCUGCGAACUGCGUGGAGCUCUCGGCGGUGUCAUCAAGGAGGUCGAACUGCUAUCAUCAUUGGAGCAUCCAUUUCUCGUCAAUUUAUGGUUCUCGUUUCAGGAUGAGGAGGACUUAUUCAUGGUCUGCGACCUCUUGACUGGAGGUGACUUAAGAUAUCAUUUACAGAACCGGGUGGAAUUUUCCGAGCAGAGUGUGGCCUUAUUAGUGUGCGAGCUUGGCAGUGCAUUGGAGUACUUGCAAACGCACCGAGUGGUUCACAGGGACAUUAAACCCGAUAAUAUUUUAUUGGACGAUGCCGGGCAUGCUCAUUUGACUGAUUUUAAUAUUGCGACGAAGUUGCAAAAAGAUGCCUUGGCGUGUAGCAUGUCGGGGACUUUAUGUUAUAUGGCUCCUGAGGUGUUUCUGUGUGCCCUGGACGAAUUGGCCGGGUACAGUUACCCAGUGGACUGGUGGUCCCUUGGCGUCGUGGCCUAUGAAAUGCGGGGAAGCAACCGUCCCUUUGUAGUGCACUCAAACACCCCCCUGACGGAGAUUAAAAAUAUUUUAAACACACCCGUGCACUACCCGCGCUACUGGAGCAGCAACUUUGUCGAUCUGCUUCAGAGACUACUCUCCACCUAUCCUGGCGCUAGGAUCAGCACACAACAAGAGCUGCAUCAGACAGCAUUGCUUCGCAACAUCGACUUCCAGAAGGUGCUCGAGAAAAAGAUGCAGCCUAUCUAUAAGCCCCCCGAAGACCACCUCAACUGUGAUCCCUGCCUGGAGCUGGAGGAAAUGAUUGUAGAAUCGCGGCCACUUCAUAAAAAGAAGAAGCGUUUAGCCAAACAACGGUCCGCGCAACGGGACAGUGAUCCAGAGACCACGUUAGUAAAAGAGUUCAUCGUUUAUAACCGCUACAAGGAGCUAAAGCGAAAGGCCAUGGAACAGAAGGAAAACGAUUGGCAGCGUGAACUGGAGCUUGCCAUGGCCAACUCGAUAGUAAACAGCUUGGCGCCCAUUCAGGAGAAACCUGGCCCUUCCAUCGUGCACACAAUUGACUGCGUGACCGCAUCUUCUGCAUCCGCCCAAUCAAAGAAUGACAGCAUAGAAUUCAUUGAUCGGACUCCAUCGCCGCUAUUCAAAGAAUUCGCCCCAUUCAAAAAUAGUACAUAAACCAAGUUGAUACACGGCAAGCAAAAGGUUUCAGUGUGCAUUAUUUCCAGACCCACUUGGCCAACGAUGACUUUGACAGACAUCCACACACAAAGUAUAAAAAACCUAUUUUUCGAACUCCGCUGAAUUUCAAUUUUUAUACACGUCUUGAACUAUAAUAUUUUAUAUGUUUUAGACUACUUUAAUUGAAUAAGAUAGGGUUAAGCACCUUUGUACAUAUAAAUUGAUGCCCCUCAUUCGAUAAAAUAAACGGGUAAAUUCCAAA